AAGAGAUUCUGAUGGGGCAGUCAAAGAGUUCUGAUUUGGUGAGGUUGACCACAGACAAUAAACCCUAAAACCCUCAACUCCUCCCCUCUGGUUUAGGAUCCUAGACAAACAAACGAAACCAGAGAUGGAGGAGGCGAUGGAGAUGGAAGUGGAGCACCCAAUUCCAAAUUCGAUCAAGCGGUUCGGACUCAAAAACUCUAUCCAGACCAACUUCGGCGACGACUACGUUUUCCAAAUUGUCCCCAAGGAUGAUUGGACUUCAAUGGCGGUUUCGCUUUCCACGAACUCGGUGAAGCUUUACUCUCCAAUGACCGGUCAGUACCAAGGAGAGUGCAAAGGUCACUCUGAUACUAUCAAUCAAAUUGCUUUCUCUGUUUCGUCCGCCCCGCAUGUCUUGCACUCUUGCUCUUCUGAUGGCACCAUUAGAGCUUGGGACACCAGAAUCUUCCGCCAGGUGUCUUGUAUGAGUGCCGGUUAUUCUCAAGAAAUCUUCAGCUUCUCAUUUGGAGGUUCCAGUGAUAAUCUUCUUGCUGCUGGGUCUAAAUCGCAGGUUUUACGGUUUGAAUUUGUUUUCUUUUCAAUCGAGAUACUUUUCUGGGAUUGGAGGACGGAGAAACAAGUUGCAUUUCUGGAAGAAUCGCACGUAGAAGAUAUUACACAGGUCCACUUUGUCCCUGGCCACCGAAACAAACUUCUUUCUGCUUCUGUAGACGGAUUGAUGUGUAUGUUUAAUACUGAUGGGGAUAUCAAUGAUGAUGAUCAUCUGGAAUCAGUGAUUAAUGUGGGAACUUCAAUUGGGAAAGUGGGAUUUUUUGGAGAUAACUAUCAAAAGCUGUGGUGUUUGACACAUAUUGAAAGCUUAAGCAUCUGGGAUUGGAAGGAUGAGAGAAAUGAAUCAAAUAUACCGGAAGCCCGCUCGUUAGCAUCUGACAGCUGGGCAUUAGAUCAUGUUGAUUAUUUUAUUGAUUGUCAUUACCCAGGAGAAGGUGAAAGUCUGUGGGCGAUUGGGGGAACUAAUGGUGGUGCUUUAGGCUAUUUUCCUGUAAAUUAUAGAGAGGGAACAAUAGGAUCUCCGGAAGCAAUUCUCGGAGGUGGACAUACGGGCGUUGUCAGGAGUGUAUUGCCAAUGUCAAGCAUGAAUGGUGGACCAGCCCAAAGCCGAGGCAUUUUUGGAUGGACAGGUGGUGAAGAUGGCCGCUUAUGUUGCUGGUCGUCUAAUAAUUCUAUAGAGGUAAACCGUGCCUGGAUUUCAGAAGCACUGGUUAUGAGAUCCUCGAAGUCCCGCAAGAAAAAUAGGCGUCACCCUUACUAACAAAAUGUGUGUAUUUAUUACUAUGUUUUGGCAAUUUAUAUUUUCUACAAGAUGUUUGAUGUUGUAUUUUUUUUUUACCAAAAGGAUGUGAAUUAUUUGUACUGUUAAUGGGAAAAUGAAAAGCGUACUCCUUUAACA